AUGUCGGAGCUCAUUACAAUCACCACUCCCCUGCGAUGGUUCAAAGGCCAUGAAGAAAGUAUAACUGCAGUCGCAGUUUUCCCUGAUAAACGUCGGAUGGUUACGGGCUCGUACGACACAACGCUUCGUCUGUGGGACUUGAAGACGGGUGUUGCGUUGAAGAAGAUGGAGGGGCAUUACAAUUGCCAGGUGUGGAGUUUGGCGGUAUCACGAGAUGGGCAAUUGAUAGCAAGCGGUGAUCAAGGCGGAGAGGUCAUCGUCUGGCACGGAGAAACUGGCGAAUUACCCGCCAAAAUCAAAGCACACUCUAAUUUGAUCUCCUCGCUGGAUUUUUCUCCCGAUGGAACAGUGCUGGCCACUGGUUCAUUUGACAGAAUGACGAAACUGUGGAAUACCAAAACCUGGCAGCUGCAAGGAGAUCUAAUCGAGUGUGGUGAUUAUGUCAACUGGGUACGGUAUUCACCGUCUGGAGAACUGCUUGCCAUCGCAACGAACCAUUAUAUUCAAAUUUACAACUCAGGCAUCAGGAAACGCGUCGUAUCCUUCAACGGUCACAAAUCAUACAACUUGUCACUCGCAUGGACGCCCGAUGGCACGCGCCUUCUCACAGGCGGCGAUGGCAGGGAUCCUACUAUACGCGAAUGGGAUACAACAACCUGGAAGCAGAUCGGUGAUCCUUGGACGGGCCACACUGACGACAUCCAAGCCAUUGCCAUUCAUCCUGCUGGCACACUCGUUGCAUCCACAUCUCGUGACAGCCACACCCGUCUCUGGCAGCUCUCAGACCGACAAACCAUUGCCGUCUUCAAGCACUCACUUGCCAAUUUAUGCGUCACUUUCUCCGUGGACGGCAAUCACAUCUUCAGUGGAGGUAACGAUGAGAUGAUCUCAGAGUGGACAACUAUUGCCACUACAACAGUCCGCGAUGCAUGCAUAGAUGGAGACUUAUCUACUGACGAAGAACUACUCAUGCAAGAUAUCAAUACCGAUCCGAACAACCAUACUCCCUACAUCCUAGCCAUCACGACCUCCCGUAUUGCAUGUGUAAAUGGAGACUUAACUACCGCCGAAGAACUACUCACUCAAGAUAUCAAUACCAGUCCGAACAACCAUACUUCCUACGCACAUCGGACAUUCGUCAUGGCGCGAAAAUACGACUGGGACCGCGCCUUUCUAGACGCAAUCAAGUCCAUCAGGAUUCAGCCCUCUUUGACGGGCUAUAUCUCCAAGGGUAUUGCCCUCUGUGGAAAAGGCCGCGUCCUGGAUGCGAGGGCAGCAUUUGAUGUUGCAUCCAUGUACACGGACCAGGAUUCAGAAAUCACUCAUUUUCUGCUAUUGAUCAAGGCCAUCGCGCUCUUCAAUGCCGAUCAACAUGACGAAGCAAACCUGCUCCUCAAAGAGCUCGCUGCCGGUUGUUCGAAUGCCGACACUCUCGCAUGUGGCAUCGUGCAAGCAUAUCUACACGUUCAACUCGGAAUCAAAGCCUCGGAUGGCGCACGUUACGACGAAGCCGCCGACCAUUUCACUGCCGCCAUCGACUCCAGCGAUUUAUUACCCAAAUCGGACAUUCAUGAAAUUUAUGAGGAUUUGGUGGUGCUCUUCGGCUGGGAUCUCAAAUCAUUGUGGUUCACUGCACACCAGAAGUGUUGUCAUGCCCUCCUUCGGGCGGGUAAACUCCAAGAUGCCGCGAAAAGAUACCAACACAUAAUAGUUUCAAGUGACAAAAUUACAAAUGCCGAUUGCCUUGACUGGUCCAACGGCGAGUCCAGAGUCCAUUUCAAGAAAGAAUGCAGCGCGCUCUGCGCUGUCCACGGAGAUGCCGCUUUCGCUGCAAACGAUUACGACAAGGCUAUUGACCUAUACUCAACGGCGGUCGACCUGGAUUCUACAUCCGAUGUCAUUGCAAAUCGCAGCCAGGCAAAGUUGAGUAAAAUGCUAUGGGAGGACGCGCUCCUCGACGCGCAAAAGGUCACCGAACUCAAUCCUUUGUCUCAUGUUGGAUACCAGUUGACACAUGCGGCUCUGCGUGGCGCGCAACGUUACGACGAAGCUAUCGAGGCCUUCACAAUCAUGCUGUCCAAGCUAGAUGAUGCUCCCGAACCGCACAUACGAGAUCUGCGUCAGCUGUAUGUCUCUCCAUCCGAAGUAGAAGAUGCUAUUCAAACAGCUGUUUGGAUUGAACUCGAAUAUGCUCCGCUACGUCUGCUCAACACCUCUACGGGUCUUUUGUGCGACCGAGCGGCACAGCUCAACUCCUUCAAAACAAGUUCAGACUACAAUGAGCUCGUCUCAUUCCCAACGGAGGAUUUGAAUCUUCGAACCGAGCGCAUCAAAGAUGUAGUGGCGACGUACUUCCGCUGCGUCCUGCUAUCACACAGGUGGGAAGAGACGGAGGCGCUGCUGCACGACAUCCAGGAUAAAGAUGUGCGCGAGUUGAAGGAAGUUGGCGGGAUCGCGAAAGUGCAAUCGUUCUGCAAAGUCGCUCGUGAUGCUGGGUAUCGCUGGGCGUGGAUGGACACAUGCUGCAUCGACAAAAGAAGCAACACCGAGCUUCAAGAAUCGGUCAACUCCAUGUUCGUCUGGUACCGCCAUUCCGCGCUCACCAUCGUCUACCUAUCCGAUGUCCCUCCUUCAUCCCAGUCCGGCGCGCUGGCCAGGAGUGUUUGGAACAAGCGAGGAUGGACCUUUCAAGAAUUCGUCGCUCCGAAAGUUGUAAUCUUCUAUCAGAAGGAUUGGUCGUUAUAUCUCGACGAUCGUUCGUCCAAUCACAAAGAGUCCUCUGAAAUCAUGAAGGAGUUAGAGGGCGCGACGGGCGUAGAUGCACGGGCCCUGAUCUCUUUUCGUCCAGGGAUGAGAGACGCUCGAGAGAAACUGCAAUGGGCAUCGAAACGUGUUACCACCAUGCAGGAAGACAUCGCGUACUCAUUGUUUGGUAUCUUUGGUGUCCACCUGCCUGUAAUCUAUGGCGAGAAGAAGCAAAAUGCGCUCGGUCGGCUCCUGCAGGAGAUCGUGGCUAGAUCAGGCGACAUCACCGCCCUGGACUGGGUCGGACAAUCGUCCGAGUUCAAUAGUUGCCUUCCAGCCGACAUCAUCUCAUAUGCAACCCCGCCAUCAUUGUCUGAAGAUAAUAUUCAGACAGCGAUCUAUGCGUUGCAAAACAACGUGCCUGUAGAUUCAGCUUCGAAGUUAUAUAACCUGCUUGAGAACAUGAAUGCUCCCCUCUUCGCAAACUGCAGACUCCGUCUGCCUUGCAUCGCAUUCCGUGUCACGGAAGUCAAACGAAGGCAGGGUCUCGCUGCUCAUUCCACAUAUGGAGUAAAAGCAGAUGGGCUUCGGGACUUGCUGAUCACCACGGACGAGACCCUAAUUCAAUUCUCGCGCGCAAGGCCCACUCAGCAGACGUUCUUUCUCAUCCGUCCAUGGGACCGUCGUCUCCUUGGGCUGCCUGAUUUUUCAGAGCAGCUCACCUUUUCAGACAAAGGGGAGAGCGUAGGGGAUUGGUCCGAGUCCGAGUCUGGUUUAGACGACACUGACGAGCCGUCCAGCGACUCGCCUGGAGAAGAGGAAUUGUCAGUUGACCCGGAAGCUCACUCACGAUCAUUGCGUUUGAUGGUUCACCUUGGGCAGGCUUUCAGCGCACUUUUGGUAGCACAGCAACGCGUUGGAGAAUACAAGAGGGUCGCGUCGGACCGUAAUAUCAUUGCGCAGGUGAAAGACCCGGCUUCGAUUGACAUCAUGAACAUCAGGACCCUAGACAUAUUGUAA